AGACCUUGAGAAGUCUGGUUGAGCUUAGUGUCGUUAAUAUCUAUGUUGGUAAUGCGUGGUUGUUAUCGUUCGGUUUAAUCAGUAUUGGGGAGUUCUGGUGUUGGCAGGUAGAAAUGGAGGAAGUGAUUAAUUUGGCUUAUUUCGUUGCACUGUUCGGUUGCGCAUAAAAGUUUAGCAAGUUCUUGUUUGUGUCGCAUUUUAUGAUGUAGUACUACUGAGAAAAUGGACGAUAUAAACUUGAAGUGAUUUUUGGUGUUACAGAGUAGUGGGUUAAAAUGGCAAACCCCACUUUGUAUACGUUUAGAUCGAACAUAAACAAGAACGUAAAUCUUAAAAAACCUUAUUCGUUGUAUAUAGCUAUACAUAUUGUAAUGUGGGCGAUUUUAAUGGUUGGAACACGGACAGAAAGCAGUGACUGCCCAGCGGAGUGUUCGUGUCUUGGAACGUUCGUAGACUGCAGUAAACAAGGCUUGACAAAAGUGCCCAGGGAUCUUCCUGACUGGAUGGAGAUUUUGGAUUUGAGCUCAAAUCAGCUAAGAGAUGCAGUAAUUGAGAUGAGGAAUUUACGAUUGCUUGCUGGAUUAAAGCUGCAUAAGAAUGUCCUCACAGAGAUUCCUGUCCUAAAUGAUUUGCCAAAUCUAGCAUCCCUGACUUUGUCACACAAUGAGAUUCAGCACAUUGAUUGCUCUGCUUUAAGAAAUGUUACCAGUCUGAAAUCUCUAGACCUGAACAGCAAUCGUCUUGUGGACAUCAGUGUUGCAAGCUUCCCUGUUAAAUCCAGCAUUCAGAAUUUAAAUCUAAACAAUAACCGAAUUUCAACUGUUGAGAAGGGCAGUUUAGAUAAUCUACCACUGCUUUUAGAGUUGAGACUGAAUCGCAAUCACCUCACAAAGUUUAUUAAAGAAGUCUUCAAGGAUCUUAAGCAUUUGAGGAUUUUGGAGCUAAAUAGGAAUCAUUUUACUGAAAUCGAAGGAUUGUCAUUUCUUGGCUUAGAGGGUCUCAGUGUCCUUAAAUUACGGCACAAUUCGAUCCGAACCCUGCUGGAUGGUGCAUUUUGGGGACUGAAGAAUAUGAGUACUUUACAGUUGGACUUCAACAACAUUACAAGCAUUACCAAAGGUUGGUUGUAUGGCCUAAGCUCACUGCAUCGACUUACUCUUGGUAGUAACCAUAUAUCAAGUAUUGAGGAAGAUGGAUGGGAGUUUUGUCAGCAACUGAUGGAAUUGGACUUAUCAGACAACAACCUGGAGGCAAUUGAGAAAGAAACAUUUGAACAUCUGUCCAAGUUACAAAAAUUACAUCUGAAUAAGAACAGUAUCACGUAUAUAGCUGAAGGUGCAUUUAACAGCACUCCUGCGCUUGAAGUUCUGGAAUUGAAUUCAAAUAGGAUAUCGACAACAAUUGAGGAUAUGAACGGUGCGUUUGUCGGUUUAAACCGCUUGCUCAGGUUUGGUUUAGCUUCAAACCACAUCAAGUCUAUCACAAAGAAAGCAUUUAUGGGACUGGAUAAAGUGAAGAAACUCGACUUGAGCAACAAUAACAUUACUUCGGUGCAAGAGAAUGCCUUUUCCAGUAUGUCAGAACUGAAGGAGCUUCUUAUAAACACAACGAGUCUGUUAUGCGAUUGCAGACUUAAGUGGUUUCCUGCUUGGCUUGAAAAGGCUGUUUUUCAAACGCCCAUUAUUGCUAUCUGUGCUUAUCCUGAGUGGCUGCAAGGGAAGUUUGUCACGCAGGUGCAUCCUGGAAAAUUUACUUGCGAUGAUUUUCCAAACCCCCGCAUCACUGAAGACCCUAUGACGCAGGUCGCAUUGAAAGGGGGAAAUGUUACAUUGCACUGUAAAGCAGUGUCAUCAUCUCAGGUUAAAAUGACUAUACUGUGGAAGAAAGAUAAUCUCGACUUUCAAGGCGGCAACAUCACUAACUUUGCCCGCAGUCCCAAUGGGAAGGGCACAGAGCAUGAUUCAUUUGUGUACCUAGCAAACAUUUCAGACAGUGACACAGGCAAAUACCAGUGUGUGGCUUCCAACAACUACGGAACAACAUAUUCGUUAAAGGCCAAGAUCUCUGUUCUAAUAUUCCCUACAUUUGUGAAGACCCCAGGAAACAUAACAGUGAAAACAAAGAACACGGCUCGUCUGGAGUGUGCAGCAAGGGGGCAGCCUCCUCCAGAGAUAGCGUGGCAGAAAGAUGGUGGUAAUGACUUCCCAGCUGCAAGGGAGCGACGCAUGCAUGUGAUGCCAACAGACGAUGUGUUUUUCAUAUUGAAUGUGAAGACGGUGGAUAUGGGUACUUACAGCUGUACAGCUCAAAACCAGGCUGGAGUGAUCACUGCUAAUGCUUCUUUAACAGUUGAAGAACCACCAUCUUUUGUGAAACCAAUGGAAAAUAAGGAGAUAAUUGCUGGGGAACCCAUUGUGUUAGAAUGUAUGGCGUCAGGAUCUCCGAAACCCAGACUGACAUGGAGGAAAGAUGGCAGAGAUCUUAUUGUCACGGAAAGGCAUUUCUUCACUGCUGAUGAUCAGCUUCUAGUCAUUGUAGACACAGAUUUGUCUGAUGCUGGGUCUUACGAAUGUGAGAUGUCUAACACGCUGGGUAAAGAACAGGGCUUCUCGCAGCUUUCUGUCAUUCCAGCAAGCCCCGGCAUGAAUGAGAGUGACAUGACAGGAAUCAUCAUCAUCGCAGUGGUGUGCUGUGCAGUUGGCACUUCUAUUGUAUGGGUGGUAAUCAUUUAUCAGACUCGCAAACGUAUGGGCAUUGUGGAAGUGCGAAAAGAUGAGUGUCCAUACCCUAGCACAUUACUGUCUGCGACGGCCGCCCCUGAUGACAAGGAUUCGGCCCCGCAUCUUUAUCUCGACACCAACUCGGAGCAUUCGACUGGCAGCAAGGACAGUGGAACAGGAGGUAGUAGUCACAGUGUGGAUGGUACAAAUCAUGUGCUCCUUGGAGAGAUGUCUAACGGUCUGGACACGGUAGCUACACCUCCAGUCCUGCGGAAUAAUUUUCACCCGCGUCGAACCAAUCACGACCGGUGUUAUGUGGACCUUAGUGGCAGCUGCCCACACUCGCGUCUGAAGCGUUGGUCAGAUCCGCGUGGCACGGAGCAGCCUCCCCAGCCCAACUCCUACUAUAGCCUGCCCAAGAACCUGCAUGCGGAGGCAUUUAAGGGACCUGAUCUUGGUGCCAGUGCUACUAGUCAGAUGGAAGACCACAAGGAUGGCGUUGUGGUGGUUGAAGAAGAUGUGGAUGAGGAGCUUGUUCCUUGCAUCAGUAUCACGGCCGUGCGUUGAUUCAUGGAUAUUAAUCAUGGAAAGAGAAGGAACACAUGAUUACCAGAUUUUACUCCAUUAAAUGCAGGUCUGAGAACAUAUGGUUCAGGAUUUUAGUACAUAGUUUAAAAACAAAUUAUUAUUAUUAUUUCAUAGUUAUGAAACUUUUUAUUUAAACUGUUUACGAUAUAGAUGAAAAUAUGUUGAUAAACAUAUUAUUUCCUGAUGUACCUAACACUGAUGACCACCAUUUGUAAACAAAUGGAGGUUGCUAAUUUUGUGGUAUUUUUAAGAGGCUUUAAUUUCAUACAAAUGUUAUUGUUCAUCAAAGGAACAAAUUCCUUUUAUUUGCAAGAAUAAACAUAUUUUAAAAUUGUUAAUUCUUUAGAAAACAAGAAAUAUGUUAAUUUAUACUGUACCUAAUGAUACUGUAAUAGUUGACUCUUCUUUCUUCACUUUGCACGUAACUAAUUUACGCAUUAUAUCUUGAGUAUUUAUUUCAGUAUUUAUUUCUGAGUAGACGUUUCUUCUUGAUAUUUGUACAUAAUAAUAUGUAGGUACCUUUCGUUUCAUUACACACUCAGAUGAAGAAAAUACUGCUUCUUAUGCCUUAUUGACAGCAUUUCUUUAAAGGUGACACAUUUCUGUGUUAAGAGUGCACUUUGAAGUUUAUUUUGAUAGUGUAUGUAAUAUUUACGACUGAUUCUUUUUAGGAUUGAAUUGUUUAUUGAUUAAAUAUUAGAUUAAUUUUGGAAAUUGUACAAACUGAUCUUCAUGGUGAGCAGAUGUUGAGUUAUUAUGUCAUAUUGUUUGGCAUCAUUUAAGCAGCUGUAACUUCAUUUUUCAUUUUAAACUCAGUCUUCAGUAUUAAUUCCUGUCGAAAUUUCAACUGUUGUCUUUUGUGUCUGUUGACAUUAACGUAUUAAAUCUUGUAUUUUUUGUCAGUGUGGUAACUACGCAGUUCAAUGUUUUAUACUAUCAUGAUCGGCAGUUGCUUUUGUGGGAUGUGGAAGUAACCAAAUGAGUCAUAUUUCUAUACAUAGGUUUUAACCACAUUAGCAGUAAUCUGGAUUGAGGUGGUGAAAAUGUGUAAGUUACUAGAAAUGGAAGAGUAGUAAUUUUUUAAUGGAGCAUCUUUUACACAAAAUCAUUAUAUCUAUGAAAAACCAAAGUGAAAACAUACAACCAUUUUAUGCCAGAUGCUGAGGGCUUAUAUGCCGUUACACAGUGUAUGCAGACAGCUUUUAUAAAUUUCAGUUUAAGAAACCUUACUCGUAGUGUGUGUGCGAUGGACACGGUCUGUUCAGUUGACGUAAGAAAUAAUGAAGCAUACAUUCUUGAAGCUGUUUCUAAAAAUGAAGAAGUCUGUAUUGACUGAUUGGAAAGCCAUUAAUGCGUUAGCUGUAUUUAUGCCAAUUGAUGUCCGAUCUUUGGUAAAAAGUUUUCAUGUUAGGAAAUUAAAUUGAUUGAUAUGCUAAGUCUGGGUUCACUCGUUAAUAUGUGCUCAGUUGCAAAACACAAUUGACAGAGUAACUUAUUGUGUGAACUUGAUGCCAGCGCAAAAUUAGGUUGACUGUGUUAAUAAGUCAUUCUCUAGAGUGUCUUAGCUCCACUUUUUAUGUGUGGAAAUGUGAAUUUGUGUUUUUUUUUGCGCAUGUGUGCGCAAAGAGUGAAGUAAAAGUAUCCUUAACUUUCAUUUACAGACGAAAUGAAAAAGAACUUAAUUCAUUUGUGUUUCAAUUAAGAGUGUAAGAGAAACUACUGAAGCAAAUAUUAUGAGGUAGCAGGACAAGGUUAUUUGUUGCAUUGUGUGGAAAAAUACAUGGGUUGUACAGAAUGCGAGAACUGUAUUGUGCUAAUUGUGUUGUGCUUGGUGGUGUGACUGCUUUAAUCUCUUCAAACCUGCUUAUGUCCAUCAUUGUCUGACAGCUUUUGUAGAGUUCUUGAAAAUUCUGUGUGUAUAUAGACUUAGAAACUCGACUCAUAUAAUGUAGUACAAACUGGAUGCUAAUGGAAAAGGACAGUAGAGACGGAGUUGUCUCUUGUGAUUAAUUAAGUACUGUGCCGCUGAAGAUAUGGGAGAGAGGAGGGAGGUAUAGUACUGUGCUUCCUUAACCUUGACAUAAGAUGAUGGUGAUUAACUUCAUAGCCUUGUCCACUUUACUCCCAACAAAAGAGUGUCUAAUACCCGUGGGAUAGAAGGCUGAGUGGGUCCUGGGGCUCAUUUGGACAUAGUGGAAAAGAAAAAGUCUCUGCCUUCGUCUGAAGGGCCCCAUACACUGCGUUCUUUUUCAGCAGGUUUCUGGGUAUGGUUUAGUCCACCAGUUUUUGCCUGUACUGGCUGACUCACAGUUCAGUCGCUUUAUUUUGUACCUUCUUAAGACAACUAUGUGUGUAAAUACACCAGGACACGUGAGUCGGUGCUUGAAAUAGGUAGUUGUCCUUAUGAUGCAGACAGUGUUAAAAUGGCUCCUAUAAUAAAAUUUUUGGUUUCACAUUGUAUUACUAAUAUUACAUUAUCAUUUUAUUGGAUAUAUUAAAAACCAUUGAAAUAAUGCUGUGGUAAAAGUUGUUCAGACCUUGAUGCAGUAGAAAUUCUGUUAUAGGAGAUUGCUUCAGACCUGAAGUCUUUAUUUAAAUGUGUUGAUGUUGGCUGAGGAAAAGCUGCAGAUGUUUAUAAAAAAGAAUCAGACCUACAAACACCAAAUAAAAUGAAAUCAUCAUUUGUCAAGUAAUAAAAUUGUGUGCGGUGUCCCUUGAAUUACUCCUUCAUCCACUCACUUUGUUUACACAGUGCUGUCAACUGUCCCAAGACAAAGGCCAUCUUACUGGUGAGUCUGUUGACUGUCUUCUGCACCAUCGGGGGUUUGUUCACGUGACUCCAGCUGCUGUUUUCUGAGUUGUCUUUGUGUAAUCCAGCCAUAUCACUUAAACAGAAUUAUUAUUUAUAUAUUAAAUUAUCUUUUGCCAAGCAGUGCAAUACUUGCCUUUGUUUUGUAUGAUUAUAUGAUUUUUGCUUGAAAUAGGAAAAGUGUGUCUACUGCAAAGUUUCAACUGUCUCGGAAAAAAAUCGGUUGCAUUGACUGAGUCUCCCACGUGUAUCGAAGGGAAUUGUUUUUGUCAACAGAUACUGCUAACACAGCUUUUAAUUAUGGGUACAAGCAGAUUUCUGGUUGGAAUUAAUUUUUGUAACAAAGUUUUGUACUUUUAUCCACUUUGUUCUUUCCUUGAUAUGAAAAUGUUUGAAAUAGGUCUUUAAUGAAUAAAUGUUACCUACGUUGUGGCCUCUAUGUUCCAUGUCGCACAAAGAAUAGAAUACUUCAUAUUUCAGGUAUAAUAUGUAGGUGUUUGAUAAGGAAAUACCCAUUUGCAGGAUGUACAAAAUGUCUUGUGCAUGGUGAAAAAUGGUAGUAACUUAUAUUCUCAUAAACCUGUUAUGAAUUGGCCUUGCUAAUGUAGUGCCUCAGCCUGAAAUUUUUUUGUUUUUAAGUUCUGGAUGAGGACUGUAUGUAAGCUUGUGAAUUUGGUGAUUUAAUUGCAUUUAUUGUAAUGCUAAAAUGUUACUGAGUUUCUCUAAGAGUUGUUUUAAACUCAUACAUUUUAUAAUAUUGUAUGUAAAGUAUUUCAAGUUCAUUUUGUAAUCUAUUUGAACAUGUAAUUAUCGUGCUCGCUCACUGUUCGCACACAUUUUAAAUUAUUUAAAGCAUUCUUGGAGGUCAUCUGUAUUUAGUAGUAUUUGCAUUAUUCUAUACACACGUGUCAUUUUUAUUAUAUGGCUUGAGAUAUCACGUUUUGUUCAUAAGUAAAUAAAAAUAUGAUGAUGUAAGA